UAUUAAAUAACUCUAUAUCUCUUAUCUUAUAAAAGAUAUUUAUUUCAAUAUCUCUUAUCUUAUAGAAUUUAGACAUGUCGUAUAAAACAAGUAGUACAAAAUAUAUCCUAGAGUUGCAAAACAAUCGUGUCUCAAUAGAAUUAUAAUCCACUGCAAAUACUAUCUGCUAUAUGAUUUCUCUCCUUUAUAAAUACCAGCGAUAUGCCUUCUCUUUUCACAUAAGCUUUUUAUUUAUUUGCAUUAAUCCAUUAUUCGUCGUGUUUUGUUUAAAGAGAGAAAAACAGAGAGGGAGAUGGAGCUUGAUUUGACACCACAGUUGGCGAAGAAGCUGUACGGCGGAGAUGGUGGCGCGUACUAUGCGUGGUGCCCUAACGAGUUGCCGAUGCUCCGCGAAGGCAACAUCGGCGCCGGAAAGCUCGCCCUUGAGAAGAACGGCUUUGCUCUGCCUCGAUACUCCGAUUCUGCCAAGGUUGCUUACGUGCUUCAAGGUAGUGGAGUAGCCGGUAUAGUCCUCCCGGAAAAAGAAGAAAAGGUGAUCCCAAUCAAGAAGGGAGACGCCAUAGCCCUCCCCUUCGGAGUAGUCACCUGGUGGUACAACAAACAAGACACGGAGCUAGUCAUUCUCUUCCUCGGCGACACCUCAAAGGCCCACAAAUCCGGCUCCUUCACCGACUUCUUCUUAACCGGUCCCAACGGAAUCUUCACCGGAUUCUCAACGGAGUUUGUUGGCAGAGCAUGGGACUUGGAAGAGAGCACCGUCAAGACACUCGUCGGCAGCCAAUCAGGAAACGGGAUUGUCAAGCUCGAUUCCACCUUCAAGAUGCCCGAGCCCAAAAUCGAGCACUACAACGGAAUGGCGUUGAACUGCGAGGAAGCUCCGUUGGAUGUGGACAUCAAGAAUGGUGGCAAAGUUGUGGUUCUCAACACUAAGAAUCUACCGUUGGUCGGUGAAGUUGGGCUCGGUGCAGAUCUUGUUAGGUUAGACGGUAGUGCAAUGUGCUCUCCAGGUUUCUCUUGUGACUCUGCUUUGCAGGUUACUUACAUUGUAAGGGGAAGUGGCCGUGUCCAAGUUGUCGGUGUCGAUGGGAAACGUGUGCUCGAGACGAGGCUUAAGGCUGGUGAUCUAUUCAUUGUGCCUAGGUUCUUUGUUGUCUCCAAGAUUGCUGAUCCCGAGGGUAUGGACUGGUUCUCCAUCAUCACUACUCCAAAUCCUAUUUUCACUCAUUUGGCUGGACGGACUUCAGUUUGGAAGGCGCUUUCGCCCGAAGUUCUACAGGCGGCUUUUAAUGUUCCGGCAGAUGUCGAGGAGAAAUUCACCUCAAAGAGGAAGGCUGAGGAGAUCUUCUUUCCACCACCAAAUUAAUGUAGCUUUAUUUUGAAUUUAUUUUUGGUUUUAGUUACAGGACAAAUAGUUAGAAGUACCAUUAGGUUAGAUUCUUUUCAGUUGAUUUUUAGAGUUUACUUCGGCUUUAUUUUAGGUUAAUUUCUUUUCACUUGCUACUCAGUUAUGCAACUUUUAUAUGGAA